AUGUUCAAGAGGUGUUUGAGCUACCGCAAAAACUACUUCAGUCACAAUUUAGUACAUAAUGAAGUAUUCCGACGUAGGGUGAAUGAAUUCAAUAGAGGUACAGACAAACUAUCGCCUAAUCAAAAAUCCCUACUAUUAAUAGAUUGUAUAAGGGCAGGUAGGACAUUGCAGCUAAAGAAACGUCCUACGAUGGAGAUUCUCGACAUAGAAUCAUCGUCGAAUCAACAAUUGGAGACCUUGAUCUCGGACACCUUAAUUAACAAUCAGCCCUACUUGAAUGAUGAUGUUAUAAGGACGUACCUUUUGACGUAUCCUAGACCAGUCACGGCCUCCAACAUAAUUACUCUUAUUGAGAGUGAGUUCCAAAGAAAACUACAAAAUAACAUAAUAGAUAACUCCAUCAUAAGAUUAGGUGUUAAUAGGUUUCUAGAGAUGAAUGAUUAUAUGAAUUGUUUCAACGUUUUCGAUAGAACUUUUCGAAGUUCCCAAUACCAGAGAUUGAUAACCAAUCAAAUACGACGCCUGAUUGCAUAUUUUACUACCAGCAUCGGUGGAAUAGUAGGUUUAUUAACAAUGUGUGAGGUUCCGUUCGAAAUUUCUCUACCAUUGACAUUGAUUUCGGGUUUAGGAACGGCUUUCACAUAUUUAAAUGUCAAAUAUCCAAGAAAAGUAGGUAGAUUAAGUUGGAGAUUUUCAAACAGCUUACUGUAUAAUAUUUCGAAUAGCCAGGAGUUGUUUUUUCUUAACAGAAUAAUCAACUAUUUUGAGGAAUAUAACGAAAUCAAUUUACUCAAUUAUCACCAUAGUAAAGUACGAAAUUUUAAUGACAUAAAAGUGAAUAAAUUGGAUGAUUUUAUCAUUGAAGAACCCGAGGAUCCUAACCAGUACUUCAUCACUAAUCCCAGAUUAUCUGAAAUGUAUGUAUAUUUCAAAGAUCAAUUGAAACAUAGGAAAGUAGCCAUAGGUGAUUUACCCCAAGAAUUAGCUUUCAUGGAAUAUUGGCAGUACAACGAAAACUUUGAAUGGGUAGAACCUGACCAAGAUCCCGCUGAAUUGAUGAGCUUUCAAAUACACCAUUCAAAUUUGAUCCAGCCUCCUUUAGUGUCACAAAUUCCUUUCCAGAGUCUGUCGAAAGUCAUCACCCCAUAA